CUUGAGAAUUACAUCCAAGACAGUAUGAAGAAAGAAAUGGUAGAGAUCCAGCAAACUGCAGUGCAGAACCAGACUGCAGUAAUGAUUGAAAUAGGCACAAACUUACUAAAUCAAACAGCUGAACAGACCCGCAAAUUAACAGAUGUUGAAGCACAAGUAUUAAACCAGACAACCAGACUUGAACUUCAGCUUUUGGAACACUCUCUUUCAACAAACAAACUAGAAAGACAGAUUUCAGAUCAGACCAACGAGAUAACGAAAUUACAAGAAAAAAACAGCUUUCUAGAAAAAAGAGUUCUUGAGAUGGAAGACAAGCACACACUUCAGUUGAAGUCAAUAAAAGAUGAAAAAGAUCAGCUUCAAGUCCUAGUAGCCAGACAGAAUUCUAUUAUAGAAGAACUAGAAAAACAGUUAGUUACAGCUACAGUAAACAACUCAGUUCUGCAAAAACAGCAACAUGAUCUGAUGGAGACUGUUCAUAACUUGCUUACUAUGAUAUCUACACCAAACUCAGCUAAGAACAACUUCAUAGCUAAAGAGGAGCAAAUCAGCUUCAAAGACUGUGCUGAAGCUUUCAAAUCUGGACUGACAACAAGUGGAAUCUACACUCUAACAGUUCCAAACACUGCACAAGAAAAGAAGGCCUACUGUGAUAUGGAAACUGGUGGAGGAGGUUGGACCGUUAUUCAGAGACGUGAAGAUGGCAGUGUAGACUUUCACCGGACAUGGAAGGAGUACAAGAUGGGAUUUGGUGAUCCUGCUGGGGAGUACUGGCUGGGAAAUGAGUUUGUUUCUCAACUGACUAAUCAGAAGCGUUAUGUUCUUAAAAUACACCUGAAAGACUGGGAAGGAAAUGAGGCGUAUUCAUUGUAUGACCACUUCUCUCUAGCAAGUGAAGAACUAAAAUACAGGUAA